GUAAGAAGACCUGUCUACCAGUGUUGUAGUCAAGGCUCAAACCUCCAAGGCCAAGGCUUUAAUACCCACUGACCAAGACAUGGAAACCCAAGGCUAAGGCCAAUGCCUAAAAACCUCAAGGCCAAGGCAUUUCAAACUUCGAUAUAUGGAACAAUGAGCCAACAAUGCUUAGGCGGCAGACAUGGCACACAGGGAAAAUGUAUAAAAGUUACCAUGAAUGGUUUCUUCAAAGUUGAUGGUGUUACGGGGAUGCGGCGCAUGUUCUACGCUGUUACACCAAACGAAACUUCGUUUCGAACAUUAGAUGAAGUUCCUGAAUACAUUAUAGAGGCAGCACCGUUUUUCUUCAUUUCUGUGAUCAUUGAAGAGGUCUAUUUGAGAUAUCAUGAUGGUGGAAAAGAUGAUCGAUUUGCAGACAGCAUCACAUCCUUGAUUGCUGGCAUGUUUAUGGUUAUUACGGGGUUAUUUACCAAAGCAAUUGAGCUUGGUAUCUAUGUGUAUGUGUUUGAUAACUUCUGCAUCUAUGAGCUUCCAUGGGAUAGUGUUUGGACAUGGUUAUUCAGCUUUCUUGCCAUUGAUCUUGGAUAUUAUUGGUUUCAUCGCAUGUCACAUGAAGUGAAUAUCUUUUGGGCAUCUCAUCAAGUUCAUCAUAGCUCGGAAGAAUUCAACUUAACCACAGCACUACGACAACCCAUCUUCGAGAAAUGUUACAUUUGGAUAUUUUAUAUUCCAUUGGCAUUCUUUCUUCCACCACCAUCAAUGUUAGUCCAUAGUCAGUUCAAUACCAUUUAUCAAUUCUGGAUACAUACAGAGAUCAUCGAGAACUUGGGACCAUUAGAGUAUAUUCUGAACACACCCAGUCAUCAUCGAGUGCAUCAUGGUCGUAACCGAUACUGUAUCGAUAAGAAUUAUGCGGGCACACUUAUCGUCUGGGAUAGAAUGUUUGGAACAUUCGCGGAAGAGGAUGAAAGGGUUGCUUAUGGUUUAGUACAUCCUCUCACCACAUACAAUCCAAUUUCUGUACAGUUUUGUCAUCUUCAGUGGAUGUGGAGUGUGUUUUGGUCUAACCCUGGACUGAUGAAUAAGAUCUCAGUUAUCUUCAAAGGACCAGGAUGGGAACCAGGAAAACCAAGGACUGGACUUAUUGAAGAUAUACCAGAUAUCUGUGGACCUGAAUUGAAUAAGUUUAAGACUACCAUCCCAAGAUGGAUGAGAGCUUACAUCUUGUUUCAUUUUGCCAUCAACUUCAUACUAUAUCAGAUGUUUAUAGACCAUCACACGGAAUUAUCUCCAGUACUAGUCUUGGCAGUAAUGUUAUACCAGAUCUACACCUUUACUUGUAUCGGCAUGCUCUGUAAUAUCAAACCUUGGUGGAAUGUCCUAGCUGAGAUGAUGCGAUGUGCACUUGUCUUUGCCUUGACGACUUUUUUAAUUCAUCAAGAUGGCGAGCCUGUAAACGCCCUUCUCUUCCUACAGAUGAUCUAUGGCCUCUCUAUGGUCUUCUGGUUUGUUCAUAAUAGAUUUCCGAACGAUGGGGCUAAGCGUAAACUUAAGUAGUCCUAAACAAUGGAAAACUAUAGCUUAAUCAUGUCUUCUUUUUUAAUAUGAUCUUUCUCAAGUCUAAUGUGGUGUGGUACGGUUAAAAGGGGGAAGGAUGCUUCACCAAGCAAGGGGAGGUGAAGAGAUCUAUCGAAAUCACAUAUGUUGUAAAUUGUUGUGUAGACUUUAAUGUAUGUGUUGUUUCUUUAAAGGGGUACUCCAGGCUGGAAAUAGUAUGAGUUGAACAGAUACAGUAAAGUCAGACAAAAAGCACAACACUGAAAAUUUGAUUUCAAUCAGACAAAAAAAGAUGAAAUCAUGACAUUUUUAAGUUUUGCAUUAUUUUAGUGAAAAUGUUAUAUGCCUGCCUUUACGAGUAUGCAAUGAGUAACCUGAUUUUGCUCCAAGAAUGAACUAGCACAUCAAUGAUGUGGAGCUCAUCCGGCAUCUCGCAACGAAAUUUAACACAAUUUUAAUUUCAGCCCAGUUGACACUGUAGUGAAUUAUAGUGGUAACAUUAAUUGUGGAUAUAGAAUUGAAAUUGAUGAAGAAAUGACAUAGAAGCAUUUUUUGUGAUCUAUGAAUAAAUUUCAUUCAAAUUAAGCAUAAAUAAUUUUCUAGUCAAAAUUUCUAAACUCUGUGUAGAACCUUGGUGAACCUCAUGUAGCUCUCAGAUGGAACAAAAAUAAUCAAAAUCAAUCAACAAAUAAAUAAGUAUUUUUGUGAGUCUUGAAAAUAUAUGAAUAAAUUAGCAUAUUUAAUGAGUUUCAAAAUUCUGUGUUGAAAUUUUGUAUCACCACCUAGAGCUAUCAUAUAAAGCAAACAAAAUUGAAAUUGAUAACAAAUGAAGGAGAAAAACAUGUAUUUGUGAUUUAUGAAUAAAUUAGCAUAAAUAAUUUUCUAGACAAAAUUUCAAAAUUGUGUGUACAAGUUUAGUUAACCUCAUGAAUUUCUACCAGAUGGAAGAAAAAAAAACCAAAUCGUUCAACAUAUGAAGAAGAGGCAUUUUCUGUGAUUUAUGAAUAAAUUUUGCAUAAAUUAGCAUAAAUAAUUUUCUACUGAAAAUUUCAAAAUUCUGUGUAGAAGUUUGGUGAACCUCAUGAAGUUCUACCAGAUGGAAGGAAAAAAAAUCAAAAUCGGUCAACAAUUAAAGCAGAAGAAGCAUUUUAUGUGAAUUUUUGAAUCCCCCACCUAAUGCUAUCACAUAAAGCAAACAGAAUUGAAAUCAGACUUGAAAUGAUGUAGAAGAAGCAUUUUGAAAUUCAGUCAACAAAUAAAGAAGAUGCAUUUUCUGUGAUUUAUGAAUUUUGCAUAAAUAAGCAUAAAAAUUGUUCUAGUCAAAAUUUCAACAUUCUGUGUAGAAGUUUGGUGAACCUUAUCAUGUGGAGCGUUGUGGCCCAGUGGAUUAGUCUUCGGACUUUGAAACAGAAGGUCGUGGGUUCGAAUCCCAGCCAUGGCGUAAUUUCCUUCGGCAAGAAACUGAUCCACAAUGUGCUGCACUCAACCCAGGUGAGGUAAAUGGGUACCGGUAGGAAGUAAUUCCUUAAAAAGCUGUGUGCGCUAUGAACGCCUAGCUUAGCCGGGUAAUAUAGGAGCGCCUUGAGCACCUAACAAGGUGGAUAUGUGCGCAAUAUAAAUACCCUAUAUUAUUAUUAUUAUUAUCAAGCUCUACCAGAUGGAAGCAAAAAAUUCAAAAUCAGUCAACAAAUAAAGAAGCAUUUUUUUUUUUUUGAAAAAUGCGCAUAAAUUAACAUAUUCAAUGAGUUUCAAAAUUCUGUGUAGAAGUUUUGAAUCCCCCACCUAGAGCUAUCAUAUAAAGCAAACAAAAUUGAAAUUGAUUCACAAAUGAAGGAGAAAAAACAUUUAUUUGUGAUUUAUGAAUAAAUUUUGCAUAAAUCAGCAUAAAUAAUUUUCUACUCCAAAUUUCAAAAUUCUGUGUAGAGUUUGGUGAAUCUUAUAAGCUCUACCAGAUUGAAGAAAAAAAAUCAAAAUCGGUCAACAAAUAAAGAAAAAGCAUUUUAUGUGAUUUUUUAAAUAAUAUGCAUAAAUUAAUUUUGCAUAAAUUAGCAUAAAAAUUGUUCUAGUCAAAUUCUGUGUAGAAGUUUGGUGAACCUCAUCAAGCUCUACGAGAUGGAAGCAAAAAAAUCAAAAUCGGUCAACAAAUAAAGAAGAAGAAGCAUUUUUUGUGAAAGUUUGAAAAAUGCGCAUAAAUUAACAUAUGUAAUGAGUUUCAAAAUUCUGUGUAGAAAUUUUGAAUCCCCCACCUAGUGCUAUCAUAUAAAGCAAACAGAAUUGAAAUUGGACUUGAAAUGGCGAAGAAGCAUUUUGUAAUUGUGGACAGACGACGGACGACACGCCACGGCAUAAGCUCAUCUGGCCCUUUGGCAUUUGUAAAAAGUAUAAAAUGAUGAGACUUAAAUCAGGGACUGUGAAUACUAGUAAACUGUAUGUAUAUAUUUACAGGAUUUUUUUCUUGUACAUCUAAUUUGUUUUCAUAUAUGUAUAAACAUUGUCAUCAGUGAAAAACAAUUAUUUUGCCACAUUUAGGAGAUUUUUCAAAUGAACUUAGUCCUCUAGACAUUCAUAUAAUGUUUUUAGGAAUAUGCAAAUACUCUUGACAGUACAAAUGAAUUAUUACAUAAAUAUAGUAUGAUUAUUUCAUUUCAUUUAUGUCCAUACUAAAACAUGAUAUAUUAUCACAUCUAAAUAUAUCAUUUCCAUAUUCAAGGUGAAAGGUAAAAAUAUACACACGAUGAAUCCUGCUUAAUUGUAAAUAUAUAAUGUUUUGACACAUUGGAUAAAUGUGUACUAACUGUACAUAGUGAGCUUGUAUGUAUUGCACCAUGUCCAUUGUAUCUUGGUUGAUAUGCAGCAGUCUGUAUUACCUUGUCCUACAUAGCAUUGAGAAUUGAGAAUUGAGAAUUGAGAAUUGAUUUUAUUCUGUCCAUUUAGGAAAAUAUUCUUGUUGGCAUUUACAUAUACACAGAAAUAUACAAAAUCAAAGCGUAAAGAUAAAUUCUACAGAAUAUAUAUACAAUCACACAUAUUUGAAGAAAAAUACAUAAUACAAAAUAAUUUCAAUCAAAUCGGUAUGUCAUGUCAUUAAAUAAUUUUUAAAGACAACAUCACUUUAUCGUAUUGAUGUUAUAUCAUAAUAAUUACAUAGUGAAUAAUACUUUGUAUUAAUUGAAUAUUUGUCAUUUUAUUAUUUCUUAUAUUACUAAUAAUACUUGUUUUUUCAAUUU